CCACCCUUUCUGCUUAGUAGAAGAAAAAAGGGUUUCUUUUCUUUCCUUACUUUCUUGAAGUGAAAGCAGACUUUGGGUCUUUCGAAGUUAUGAGUGAAGAAUACGACGAGGAAGAAAACAGGGGUGAAGGAGGAGGGUUAAAACCGGCGUCGGGGCCGUACGAAUGGCUGGCGAGCUUCCACCGUGAUCUGUUGGCGGGAGCGGUGAUGGGCGGCGUGGUGCACACGAUCGUGGCACCGAUUGAGAGGGCGAAGCUGUUGCUUCAGACCCAAGACAGCAAUUUGGCUUUCGCGGGAAGUGGGAGGAGGAAAUUCAAAGGGAUGUUCGAUUGUAUCUUCCGUACCGUUAGAGAAGAAGGCGUUCUUUCUUUAUGGAGAGGCAAUGGGAGUAGCGUUCUCAGAUAUUACCCUUCUGUUGCUCUUAAUUUCUCGCUCAAGGACCUGUAUAAAAAUAUAUUGAGAAAUUAUGGAGAUGAUCAUGUUUUCUCUGGAGCAUCUGCCAACUUCAUUGCCGGAGCUGCAGCUGGUUGCACAACAUUGAUCUUGAUUUACCCUCUUGACAUUGCUCACACCCGCCUUGCUGCAGACAUUGGAAGAACCGAUGUUCGUCAAUUCAGAGGCAUCUACCAUUUCUUGAGCACCAUACGCAGAAAGGAUGGAUUUCGGGGAAUUUACAGGGGUCUUCCUGCUUCCCUACAUGGGAUGAUUGUUCAUCGGAGUCUGUAUUUUGGAGGAUUUGAUACAAUAAAGGAAACUAUGUCAGAACAAUCCAAGACCGAGUUGGCAUUAUGGAAACGUUGGGUGGCUGCGCAGGCUGUGACAACAUCUGCUGGAUUGUUGUCAUAUCCACUUGAUACAGUUAGGAGGCGGAUGAUGAUGCAAUCCGGUUUAGAACAACCAAUGUACCACGGCACUCUGGACUGCUGGAGGACGAUUUAUAGAACCGAAGGGGUGACUUCUUUUUACCGUGGGGCACUAUCUAACAUUUUUAGGAGCACUGGUGCCGCAGCCAUCUUGGUUCUGUAUGAUGAGGUGAAGAAAUUCAUGGAUUGGGGUGGAUUGUAGAAUCGAAAGCCAUUUUUUUGACAAACUUCUUUUUGAACAGAGAAUUAGAGUAGAAUGAGAUUCAGGAUUACAGCCAUGGACAUCGGUUCGGCAUCGGUCAGUGCGACCAUUCCGGUGAUAAA